AUGGGACGGUCGAGGUGGGAGACGGGCGGCGUGAGCACCUGCCUUGCUGUCCAACGGCAUGCUUCAUCCUUGAGCAUCCACAUCUCUAAGGGCAGCGACGUCUCGUGCCUCCUCCACCAGGUCAAGUUGGACGCGUACUCGGGCACAACAAACAGUCUUCUCUACAACAAAGGCAUCAUCAACAUCAACGUCGACACCACGGCCAUAAUCUUUACCACAGCACUUGAUAUAACUGCCCACAUCCACAUCAGCAUCAACAUCCGUGGCAUCUUCUACAAGGAGGAAGCUCCAGUGCUACACAAUGGCUUCCCCCGAUCCGUCUUCCCACAAGCCCACUUCGAACACCACCACUGCGGACGAAAUAAUUCAAGGACUUGUCUGGCGUAUCUGUUCGUCUUUUGUAUUCUCAGAGGCGUCGGCGAAGCCAUACAUUUCUUCGACCACACCAAUGCAGCCCCUUUUGUAUUGAGCAACGCCGCAGCCACACUGCUUCCAGUCGCGGUCGCCUUCCUUGUCUGCGAUGCCUGGAAGCUCGGCGAGCCCAGGGACGAAGAAGCUAGGGGCAACUGGUUCAGAAAGGACUGGUUCGAUCGUUUCGGGGGCCUUGCGUUCGCUUGCGGCGGAGGCCUUGUUUCAAUUUUUCUCGUCGCCUCGUCGUGUUCCGAGCUGGUCGGCGGCGGAGAUUACACGCACAAGAGUUACAGUGAACACACGGUCUGGGCCUUGGCGCUUACUGGUGAGAGCGUGUCGCUGUCCAUGGCCGUGAUUCUCGUCUGCUACGCCCUCGUUUACUCACUGAAACUUCGAUACGAAAUUGACUUGAACCCGGUGACAGGCUCUCUGGUAAUACGGAUCCUGUUUGUUUACAUCCCUGAGGUGGUCGCAAUCAUGGCGGUUCUCGUGAGCGCAUACCUUACCAACCGCUACCCAACAGCGAAUGACGCAGGGGCGGCAGGGGCGGCAGGGCCGGGUGGAGCUGAAAAUGGCAAUGGCAUCGAGUUGGGUCCCCAGUCCCAGCCCCAGCCACAGCCCAGGGACGAAGGAAGGGUGGAAGGGUCGGGGAACUCAGACCAGAGCCAGGGCGCCGAGGGGUCUGAAAGAGGGCGACCUGGCUGCCCAAGCGGACACAUACCAGGGAUUGGUGGCAUGGAUGCGGUUGCGCCGAGAGAUUCUUAA